AUGGGGGAGAUCGUCCAGAUCCUGGAAGAACUGGUGGAUGUUGAGACGCCACCGGUUCCGAGGUAUCUUCAGGUUCUUGCUCAGGGCGAGAACCCAUGGGAGGACGCGGCCUUGUGGCAAUUCAAAUUUCGAGCUCUCCCCGUUGCCGUGAUUCUUCCUCCCACUGCACUCCCGCUCCCACGCCUCGCCGCCUCCGCCCUCAUCGCCGCCCGACUCGAAGCUUCCCGAACCCUAAUCCCGACGGCCAUGAAGAUCUCCGAGCUCUCCCCCGAGUACCGGCAGCCGCCGCCGCCGCACGCCGGGCUCAUCGCCGACCUCAGCAAGGCCGUCACCGACGUCGAGUCGUCCGCCGCCUCCGCGACGUCCCCGGAGAAGCUCGCCGCUGACCUCCGCCGCGUCCUCACCAACCUCGCCUCCGCCGCGUCCACCUCGUCCUUCACCGAGGCGUUCACGGUCCAGAUAUGGCGGCUUGGCACCCGCCUCUGGAAUGCGGUGGUCGAUCGCGCCAACUCCACGGCCCUUGCCGGGAGCCCCGACGCGCUCGCCGUGGAGGCGGAGAUCCGGCAGGCGGCGCCGGAGCUACUACGCCUCGCCGGAAUCCCCGAUAGUAUCCCAUCCGCGGCCGUGAAGGUCGCCUCCUUCUUCCAUCGCUCCGGCUUGGCCUGGCUUGACCUCGGCCGCGUCGACCUCGCCUCGGCCUGCUUCGAGAAGGCUACGCCGCUAGUCUCUGCCGCCGCAACGGAGGAGGAUCGGGGCGUCCUGCUCGACAUCAACCUCGCGAGGGCCCGCGCGGCGUCGGACGCGGGCGAUCAGGCCCUCGCGGUCGCGCUGCUGAGCCGGUCCAAGCCCCUCGCCGCCGCAUCUCCGGAGGGGGCCAAAUCCCUUGCCCAGGGGUACCUCUCCAUCGGCGAGGCCACGCUCUCCGCGAAGCACUCGAAUCCCGCCGUCGAAGCGUCCAGUCUCUUCACCGAAGCACUGGAUCUCUGCGAGAAGGUGGCCUCCCCUUCCGGCGCCAGCCCUAGGACUCCCCCUUACGGCGGCGCCAUUCCUAAAACCCCAAAUCUAGAGGGGCUCAAGAGGCGAUGCCUCCGCUUCCUCGCUCUCGAGCGGCUCGAAGCCCAGGACUACGAAGGCGUGCUUCGUUGUAUCAGGGUCUCGAGGGCUUCACUGGGGCUGGAGGAGGAGCACCCGAGCAUCGGGGUCAUGGCGAUGCGCGCGUGGAUCGGAAGCGGGAACGUGGCGGAGGCCGACAAGGAGCUCGAGAAGCUGAUGGCCAACGCCUUGGCAACGGAGAACCUGUGCGUGUCGGCCGCAGAGGCGUACCUUGCCGCCGCGGGUCCUGAGGCCGCACGCAAGGUGCUCAUUGCGCUUGCCGCGCGUUGCCGCGCCGGAGGUGCUGCCGCCGCCGUGAGGGUGGUGAAGCAGGUGAUCGACGGUGGUGGUGGGGGCACUGGGCGUGCAAGAGCCAUCGCCGAGCUCGUGUCGGAUGAGAGGGUGGUCGCCCUGUUCGAUGGCCCCGGGAACACCCAUGAGCGUGGUACAAUGCAUGCAUUGCUGUGGAAUUGUGGCACCGAGCAUUUCCACGCGAAGAAUUAUGAUACCAGUGCGGACUUGAUUGAGAGAUCGAUGCUUUACGUGUCUCGCGAUGAAGAAAGCAGAUCCCGCCGUGCAGAUUGCUUCCGAGUCCUUGGCAUCUGCCACAUUGCCCUGCAGCAUCUUGACCGAGCCCUGGAGUUCAUCAAUGAAGCCUACAAGGUUGAACCCAAUAUCAAGUGUGCUUUUCUGAAGGUUAAGAUCCAUCUACAGAAGAGGGAGGAGGACGAGGCAUUCAAGCAGAUGAAGACGAUGGUGGGCUGUGUUGACUUCAACCCUGAGUUCCUAACGCUCACUGCUCAUGAAGCUAUGGCCUGCAAGUCUGGUCGUGUGGCAGUUGCUUCGUUGACCUUUCUUCUUGGCCUCUACUCUGCUGAGAAGCCGAUGCCAAUGCCUGAGGUUGCUGUCGUCCGCAACCUUAUUGAGCUCCUCUCUCGUGAGCCAGGGACUGAAGCCGAGAUCCUGAAGUACUCAAGACGUGCCAAGCAACGUAUGUCUGACAUUGGUGUGGAAAGUUUUUUUGGCAGUGGAAUUGUUGGUGGGCGUGAACUGAAUUGGUUUGCUGACAUUUGCUGGAAUAUGGGUUUAAGGGCGUCAAAGGAUAAGAAGUACAAUUUUAGCGCCGAGUUCUUUGAGCUUGCAGCAGAGUUUUUUGGUUCAAGUAAUGCUGAGUGUGAUGAAAAUCGGUCCAAGGUUUGCAAAGCAUUGGUCAUGGCUGUCACUACCAUGCUCAAUGCUGAGGAGCUGAACAAUUCUCCACUGUCAAAUUCUGACAUUAAAAAAGGCGUUGAGAUGCUAAGCAGAGCAGGAAAGCUAUUGCCCUUGAUUUCACCCUCGGUUCCAGUGGCUUCUGAUCAGUUGGAGGCCAACAACUUCUUCUACCUUCAUACCUUCAACUCCUACCAACUCUUGGGCAGGAUGGGAACCACUGCACAUCCUCAGCAGCUACAACUGGUCAAGAAUUUUGCUUCCUCUAAAGCAUGCACGCCUGCUCAUCUUCUCGCACUUGGUGUAACAGCCUCUAAAGGGGCCCUACCUAACAUGCUGGCUGCUGAAUUUUCCCUGAAGGCCUGCAUCACCACCGGCCUUGCUUCUCAAUCACCAAACUACAGUGUAAUCAGCUGUGCUCUCAGGAAGCUAGCCUGUCUCGCUGGCUUGCAAGACUUAAAUGGUAGCAAGAGUGAUACAGCCUAUGAUGUAUUUCAACAAGCCUACCAGAUUGUGGUUGGACUGAAAGAUGGUGAGUACCCACUUGAGGAAGGCCAGUGGCUUGUAGCAACCGCCUGGAACAUGUCAUGUUUGCCUGUAAGGCUUCACCAAGCUAAAGUGGCUAGAAAAUGGAUGAAAAUGGGUUUAGAUCUUGCUCGGCAUCUUGAGGGCAUGAAGGAGCAUAUAACAUCCAUGCAGACGACCUUUGAGGCAUUUGAGAGGAUGUCUGGUGGUGAACCUGAUGAAUGUAGUCAGGAAGAUAAGGCACCAAAAACCAAUAUGGCUGGCAUGUCUCAACCUGUCCUAGUUUAGAAAUUUGUGAGGUGGUAGUUCACAACUGGAGAUAAACAGAUCAUUGAGUUAUGAUGCACAAUCAAGUUUCUUUCAUUUCAAUGUUGCAAAGAACAUAUAGAACAUGGUCUGCUGUCAGGUGCUUUCUCAUAGCUAUGCGGAUUCUUUGUUGACUGUAACCAUGCCCUUGAAUUUUGUGCAUGAUCUUGGGCAGGGGAGAUGGCAAUGUAUGUAACAAAGUUAAAUUUGGGAGUCAAAACUUAUUUGCUGA